GUCUGAUAUCUGUCCACGCUGAGAUGCAGCAGGUGCAAGGCAUUGUGGGAGGGGGUUUCACUUUUCCUGCCUCAGUUCUUUCUGUUGGUUCCCUGUUGUAUGGGAAUAUCGGGAAUGUGGCCAUGGUGCUGUCAGGGAGCAGUAAAACAGACCUAACUGAGGAAUUCAGAGGCAGACUGUGGUGGGACAGUAAGACGGGACUCUUCACCAUCACCGACCUGCAGAUCCAGGACUCUGGCCAGUAUAGAGUGGAUAACAGUGAUGGAGUGAAGACAGUUACAGCAUAUCAGCUGACUGUAUACAAUCGCGUGUCUGAACCCAGACUGUCAGCCAGUGGGAGCUGCUGGGUUCUGUGUUCUGUGGAGAAUGGGAGAGACGUCACCCUGUCCUGGUACAGAGGGACCGAGACACUGAACCAAACCAGCAGCCCUGACCUCAGCACCAGCCUGUCCCUCCCCCUGGAGGUAGAACACAGAUACACCUAUUACUGUGAAGCGAAGAACCCAGCCAGCUCACAGAACCUCACACUGGAGAUACCAGCAAACUGCAGCAAAACCUCAGGUGACGACAUUCCCUCCCCCAGGAGUUUUCUAGCCCAUGUACCUGUGGGAUGUUGUUUUGUACUUAUUAUCUACAUCAGCAUCACUGUCAUCUACCUGAAGAAGAAAACAAGGGCUGUUAAUCACUCUGUUCUGCAGGAAGGCAGGGACCAGGACACACUGAGCGUGGAGAAAGAACAACAGAUCUGAAUGGCUCUGUAUGCACCUGUGUGAUUUACUCCUGCUAACACAGACACCCGUCACAGAGCAAAUCAAGAGGAAGUUUGCAAAAACGCCACUGAGCUACUUCAUCAACAGUGAUAUAUGUAUACUGGCCACUAGAUGGCAGCAUGCAAGAGCUCCUCUCUCUCUGACACUCCCACACACUCUCUCCCUCCCUCUGCUGUUUUCCUUUGCUGUCUUUCUCCACUUUCUGUCCAGCUGUCCUCACACACAGCCUGUAGUGACCCUCCUUUCAGUUCUGAGCUUAACGGCUGUCAGCUUCACUCUCUUUGAUUUUACUGUUUGUCAAUAUUGCUGAGCUGUAAGACGUGACGUCCAGCCAAAGUGAGACCAUUACUGUGAGUGUAAAAUAAAAACUUCCAUCUCUUGCAGUAACACAGUUGUAAUAGUGCAGGACUUUUACUGAGUUUAAGCUGUGCUGCUUUGCUAGUUAACGUGACUUAAGCAUUAUCCAGUUUUGGACUUUAAUUGCCAUUUAUCAAAGCUGCUGGCAGCUAUCAGCUAUCACGUGCACCACAGGGACAUCAAGCAGCUAUACAAAAGCUUCAGGUUAUAAUGGAUAAAGUUGAAAAACUUUUUAUAAAGUUUCUUUUUAGAGUGAUAUGUAAACAGGAGGUCUCCAGCAGUCCCAGUUGGGGGUUUACCCUGGAUGUUAUGCCAGUCAAUUGCAGAGCACACACCCUUAUACACUGCAGGCAGCUUACAGAUGUCAGGUAUUGCAAAUGCGUGACUUUGGUCUGAGGGAGGAAACUGAGGAACUUAAAGGGAAACUGCUCAGCACAGACAGAAUAUGCAGCCCCCCCCCACACACACA